GUAAGCAAGCCUAUUAACCUAUAGUAUAAACCUAGGGAACCUAUAAUUGGAGGCCUAUAAAUAGCCGAUCAGUGGAUUAACAGAAGGCAUAGUCAAGAUAUGUAAUAUAGUAGAGUAGUAAGAGAUUGAUCGAGUAGAAGGAGUAGUUAACAAAAAGCAUCAUAAGAUUAAGAUGGCAACUAGAACCCGAGGUAGAAACAACGGAAACCCUGAGAAUGAGGAACUAGUUAAUCAUAUCCCAAUUCGAGAUACCGAAAAUAUGUUCAGGAAACAACACCCUCCAACUUUUGAUGGCCUAGGUGAUCCUGUAGACGCCGAAAAAUGGGUUAGAACGAUAGAAAGAAUCUUUACCUAUAUAAGGUGUGACGAUAAAGAGAAGGUAAUUUGUGCAAAAUACCAAAUGAUCGAUGAGGCUGACUUCUGGUGGGAAUCAGUCGAAAGGACUAUGACUCGGGCACAGAAGGACACUUUGACUUGGGAAAGCUUCAAGGAAAAGCUAUUUGAAAAGUUUAUUCCUGAAUGCUAUAGGCAAAAGAGACAAAAUGAGUUUUGGAAUUUAAAGCAGGGAAAGAAUACGGUAACAAAAUAUGAUCAUGAAUUUAAUCGAUUGUCAAGAUAUUAUCCACAACUGGUGGAUACUGAUGAAAAGAAAGCAGACAAAUUCAGAAAAGGACUGCAUCCUGAUAUUGCAAUAUCAUUGGUUAGUCAAGGAACACUAACCUAUGCCCAAUCACUAACAAGGGCUUUGAACAUUGAGUCAUUAUUACCAAAAGAAAGAGAGAAGAAACCUAUACAACAAUUUGAUGGAAAUAGGGAAAAGAGAAAAUGGGAAGCCGAAUCGUUCGAAGAAGGAAAUUCAAAAAGAAAAUUUUUUAGAGAACCACCACUGCAACAAUCACAACAACAGCAACCGCAGUUUCAGCAACAAUUGCGACAACCGCAGCAGCAAAACCAACAAUACCCUCAACAGUGGGGAUUUCAGGGACAAAAACCUAUGUGUCCCCAAUGUAACAAAUUUCACUUAGGAGAAUGUCGGAUGGGGACAAAUAUUUGCUUUAAAUGUGGAAGACCAGGACAUAUGGUUAAAGACUGCACCAAUAGAACAGAGUUAAAAUAAAGUAAACAACAACGAGCCCGGUCCCCGAGUUGAGUGAACAAGGUACACCAAUUUCGAGGACGAAAUUUUUAUAAGGAGGGAGGGAUGUAACACCCCGAUUUUUCAUAGAAUAAUAUUAGAUUAUUUUCUAGAAUGUUUGGUAGAAUUUAUUUAGGAUUUAUUUGAGCCUAGAAUAAAUUAGAUCUGAGCAUAAUAUGUCGUUACUCAUUUCUCUCAUAUUUAAAAUUUUCAUUUACAU